UCGGCACAUGUCAUUUCUUUUUAGUACGUCGGAGAGUAAAUAUUAGUCAUGCUAGAAAAUUUUGUGCGAGAGUACAACAUAAACCGAAUACUUUUAUCGAUCUCAGGUCUCUGGCCAUUUCAAAGUAAGCAUGUGAGAAAUUCGUUACGAACUAUCUACUUGCUACUGGAAAUAACUUAUUAUCCGUUUGAGAUGUUCUUGCUGUAUGAUCAUUGGGGCGAUCCACAAAUGAUUUUUGAUGCCGGCUAUCAAUUUAUUUUCACGACUUCUUUUACUGCAAGGGCAUUGCAUACUAUUUGGAAUCAGAACAGAUUACAGCAGUUGUGCAUAGCCAUUGAUAAACAUUGGGACGUAUUUACGGACGAUGUGGAAGUUCGAGUUAUGAAAGAUUAUUCUUUGCUGUCACGAAGGUUUACGAAACUUUUCGUAGUGCUAAUGAUUCUUAUACUAAUGAUAUUGGUAGCAGUACCAUUAACACCAAUAUUGCUAGACAUUGUGAUGCCUUUUAAUGAAUCACGUUCGCGAUCCUUCGCGGUCGAAGUUGAAUUCAGAGUGAAUAAAGACGAUUACUUUUUACCAAUUUUUUGUUAUACUACUGCUGUAAUUCUGGCAGGUGUAAACAUUACGAUGGGCGUCGAUUGUAUGCAUAUCGCGUGCGCCGCUCAUGCGUGUAGUUUAUUUGCCGCUAUCAGUAAGCAAAUUGAGAAUAUAAUUUCUAAAGCGAAUAAUAACAAUAAACCCAGCAAAUAUGGAUAUCAUGUAAAUAUGGAACUUAAUCCAUUAAAUGAGAAAAUAAUAUAUCGAGAAUAUAUAAUAUGUCUAAAGAAACAUCAACUUGCGAUAGAGUUUGUUAAUAUAUUGGAGUCAUCUUUUCAAGAGCUUUCAUUACUUUUAUUACUAUUGCUUCUUGCAAAUAUAAGUCUGGUUGGAAUCCGAAUUCUUAAUGUGUUAGAUCAAAUGCAGCAACUGCUAAAAUUCAUGCUUCUAUUCACAGCGUUGCUAUUUGAUUUAUUGAUUGUGUGCUAUUCCGGUCAGAGAUUAAUGGACGAAAGUCAGAACAUAUUUUAUCGAGCAUAUGCUGCAGAAUGGUACAAAUUCUCGCCCAGAAUAAAAUCUUUAUUGAUGAUAACUCUUUACAGAAGCAAUACUCCGUGUGGACUGAAGGCAGGAAAGAUGAUUCCGUUAUGUAUCGCGACCUAUGCGGCGGUUGUACGAAUGGCUAUGUCUUACUUUGCAGCGUUUAAGUCAUUCCAAGAGUGAUUGCCGAAUUUUUAAUUAACUGUUCA